GUCUACUCGUGGGUCUAUUGCACCCGCCCCCUCUAUUCGGGCUUCCUGGAUGGGGCACAUCAGCAGCCUGAUUGUGAAUCCCAAUUGUUUGACACUCAAACAAGAAUUGAACUGCCUCGUGCGUGGGCCUCUCCGGUCAAUCUAAAUCUUCUUGAGUUUUUUUCAGUUCAUUAAUUCCUCCACUUCAUUAUAACAUCCUCAGGACUCAGCGUUUUUUGCUCGUGCAACCACUUAUUCAUUGGACAAUUUACACAUUUGUGUGAAGCAGUGAUUUAAUAUGUCAUCCAGAUCGUGAUUGCUGCGAAAUAAUUCUGGAAAUUACAGUUCCUGAUUAGUGAUGAUACAGAAUACCGUUGGAUUUGUCUUCUUCCUCUGAAGAAAUGUCCGUGUCUUUCGGGCGGAGGAUCUCCGGCACUGUUGCAGUACUUCGAGGCCGACCUUACGAAAUCAACCAGGAUGACUCGAUUAGUAUCGGUGCCCUCGGGAAAAUAAUAGUGGAUAAUGAGGCCGAUGUGGUGACUGCCCAGCGCAAAACAGCCCUGGCAAUGAUUGAAGAGUGGAUGACGGAUAAUUUACUACUAGUUCUGACGGUUGCUGGAGUUUUCACUGGAUUUGGUUUUGGAUUCCUGGGUCGACUAUGGAAUUUCUCAACCGAAAGUAUUAUGUUAAUAAGCUUUCCUGGAGAAAUUCUCAUGCGACUUUUGAAGAUGUUCAUUUUGCCUCUGAUUAUUUCUUCGUUAAUCACCGGCAUGGCAAAAUUGGACGCCAAGAGCUCAGGAAGAAUGGGCUGCCGAGCAUUGUGUUACUAUUUAGCCACAACCGUUUUAGCUGCGAUUUUAGGGAUCGCUGUUGUCCUGACGAUUCACCCCGGCGAUCCUAGGAUUAAGAAUGUAACUCCAGUAAUUUCACAUCAGGACAACUCUUUCAAUCAACGGAUGACAACAGUAGAUGCAAUGCUCGACAUCAUAAGGAAUUUGAUGCCCGAAAAUUUGGUGCAAGCUUGCUUGCAGCAAGUCCAAUCUUCCUACGUGAAGACGCCAGUCGUGACAUCCUUGGGAAAGGAAAACAAGACGGAAUACAUAAUGCAACAUCAACUGAUUUACAAAGAUGGCACGAAUGUCAUGGGGAUGAUAAUGUUUUGCAUUACAUUUGGAUUAGUGUUGGGUCAAAUGGGACAAAAAGGACAAGUCAUGGUGGAUUUCUUCGAGGCUCUCAAUGAAAUCGUCAUGAAAAUUGUCAGCCUCAUCAUUUUGUGGUAUUCGCCGAUCGGAAUAAUGAGUUUAAUUGCCGGAAAAAUAAUGUCCAUAUCAAACUUGUUAAUAACCGCCAGAAUGUUGGGUCUCUACAUGGUGACAGUGACCGUGGGCCUUUUGAUUCACGGCAUGGGGACCCUUCCCCUGAUAUACUGGCUCGUCACUCGUCGAAAUCCCCUAACUUAUUUCCGAGGGAUGAUUCCAGCUUGGCUUGCUGCGGCUGUCACCGCCUCCAGCGCUGCAAUUAUGCCGAUUACAUUUCGAUGCCUUGAAGAGAACAAUAAAAUUGAUAGUCGAGUUACGCGAUUUGCUGUCGCUGUUGGUGCGACAGUUAAUAUGGAUGGAACAGCUCUGUAUGAAGCCGUUGCUUCGAUUUUCAUCGCUCAGAUGAAUGGAAUUCAUCUGGGAAUAGGGGAUGUAAUUACCGUCAGUGUUACUGCCACUUUGGCAAGUAUUGGCGCAGCGAGUAUUCCCAGUGCAGCACUAGUGACUAUGCUGUUGGUAUUAACUGCCCUUGGUCUCCCAACGAAUGAUAUUUCAUUACUGUUCGCCGUUGAUUGGUUAUUGGAUCGAUUAAGGACGUCUAUCAACGUUCUUGGGGAUGGAUUUGGGGCGGGUAUAGUCUACCACCUCAGUAAACACGAGCUCGAAAAAAUGGACGAAGAAAGAAAAUUAGAGUGCGUCGAGUCGGUUAUCCACGUUGACGAAUCCCCACAGAGUCAUAAUGAAAAUGGAGAUACGUGUGAUGUUAAAACGUCAGAGAGCAACGUUUAGCUAUUCUAGACUAGUUCUGCCUCAUGUUUCAUUAUAUAUUUUUCAUGCAUUUCAAGGAUAAUGUUCAGAAACUGCCAGAGGUCAAUACUAUCUGUAAAAUGAACAUACCCCCCCCCACAACUGGCGCCCUAAUUUCUAACUAUCACUAGAAGGAUUGAUUAAUAGGAGCAUUUCGAGUACAAAUCACUGCAAUAAAAAUGUACAGUUUCAUUGAAUUAAUAUACUCAACUUAAUUGUUUGA